GGACGACUUUACCCGUCCCUGUUUGAUAGUGCAUUUUUUGUGCUUUUCCUUUUUGACUCUGUUUUCCUUCGUUCCGCAAGUAAAGGCAAAUUCUUUCACAUCGUUUGGUUUCCGAGUUGACUCGGCCAUUCCAGAUGCCAUACUCCAGAGCUGGAAGAUCUGUUUCACCACGUAGCUCCGUCUCACCUGUAAGAGGCCGUCGAUCAAGAUCAUUGUCUAGAUCAAGGAGAAGCCGUUCCAGGAGCAAUGAUUCUGGUGAUGCAACCAAUCCUGGAAAUAACUUGUAUGUGACAGGCUUAUCGACAAGAGUUACUACCAGUGAGCUUGAAAAGUUUUUUGGCAAAGAAGGAAAGGUUCUGGAGUGCCAUCUGGUUACAGAUCCUCGUACCAGAGAAUCUCGUGGAUUUGGGUUUGUCACCAUGGAAACAACUGAAGAUGCAGAACGCUGCAUAAAAUACUUGAAUCGUUCAGUGCUUGAAGGUCGACUAGUUACUGUUGAGAAGGCAAAAAGGAAGCGAGGGAGGACACCAACUCCAGGCAGGUAUCACGGAUUGAGAGAUAGACGAGGAUAUGAUCGUAGACGUUCUCGUAGUUACUCGCCUCGUCGAUGGCAAGAUAGGGAUCCAUAUUCAAGGGACCGACGAGGAAGAUCACGCUCUCCAUAUGGUAGGAGGAUGGAUGAUUAUCCUGACUCAUAUAGGAGGCGCAGGGAGCGUUCCUUGUCAGAACCUAGAUAAGAGCAAUCAAAUCUAUUUGCAUUACUAAUGUUCCAUGUUAAUUAAACUAACAUGCUCUUGGGAAUUAUUCUUCGUGAAGUGUGGGAUGAUGGUAAUUAGUAUUCUUUUCUUUUGAUAUUACUGGGUACUUCUAGUGAUUCUCUCUGUUGUUGUAUCUCAACAAUUAAAUUAUAAACUUAGCGGACAUAUUUUCUAGUCAAUGAUUAUGCCAAUAAUGGAUAAGGAGAUUGUGUGCAUUGGGUCUUA